AAUAAAGACAUACGUGGCCGCUUUCUUGGUAGAUCAUGUCCCAGCUGGCCAUAAUCAUUAUUCCCACAGGAAAAAAUAUUUCCAUCACUGGAUAAGAGCAGUGUGUGAUUGUCUCCAAGGGCAGCCUCUACAACAGUAUUUGCUAGGUACCAAUCCAACACUGUUGGAGUCAGGACAUGCUCAUCUUCUAUUCCACCAAGUCCGAGUUCCCCAUGAAUUGUACUACCCCAACCGAACAUUUUGGAUUCUUAUGUCUACUACCACAGAUAGUGUUGGUUCAUACCUUAUGUACCUGCAGAGGAAAAAACAUGUAUUGUACAGUAUUUCAGAUAGAGGAACAGAUUAGAUAGGAGUUUCUAGAAACUUCUAAUGCUAGAUAACCUGUCCUUUUCCUUUCAUUGAAAUGUAUGGUCUCUUCACUUUGUACCUUGGUGAGCUCUGAUUUUCUGAGUCACUUUCGAUGAGAAUACAUAAUUUCUAUACUUGAAUUUGCAAUAUAGGCCAUAAAAAUGGUAUUGUUUAUUGGUAUUUUCCAGUGAUUAAUAAAAAAUUAACAAAAUAAAUUUUAUCAUGUGCUAUUUAAUGAAGUGCUUCCGAGACCGUUCGGCAGACAUUUAAAAUAUAAAAAUAACUGUCAUUGCACUGUCAUUGGCACCCGGGCACCAUGACGUUGGACGUGACCAGCUAUCUGACUGUCAUUAGUGUCAUUGUCAUUCAAAAAUCAAAGCCGUCACAAGUCUACAUCUCUGCAGCUUAGUGUUCAGUGUUUUCAUUUUGGCAUUUUUGGCCUGUCUAGUAGUCUAGUAGAUGUCGACACAUGACCCAUAGUCGACCAAUGUUUUUCGACAGUUGUCUCCUUGGGUCCUUUGUCUCUGAUUUCUGUCUAGAUGCCUAGUUUUUAUUGUCGAUAAUGUUGAGACCUGCGCGUGCGCUGCUAGUAAACUGAAAGACAUUCAUCUUCAUCAUUCAUCUAAUAAAUUCUCGUUUUGUAAACUUUUGCAUUUGCCUUCCAUUUGCAGGAGAUUUUGUACUUUUGGUAGUAUUUCUGGUAGAUCCAACAAGAACAGGCGGUAUGUGAGACGACAGUGAAUGGUGAAUACAGGUGAAUAAUUACCAUACUUACAGUUGUUUAUAGAAACUUGCAGAUUUGUGUUGUGUAAACUGUAAAGUAGUAAACUAGUUUAUCGAUUGCGGUGAUAAUGAAAACAUACAGCAGAAAGAAAGGCGGCAGCGGUGGAGGCGAAGUUGAGGGCGAUCAAGAGCAAUCCGAAGUUAUUAUAGAUUUGAGUGAAAUAUGCAGGCUUUGUAUGAGCAGGGAGGAGGAUCUGAUUGCCGUUUAUGGAAACGAAGAUGGCCUACCACUUUCUCUCCGCAUCAUGGCUUGUGUGGCGCUUGAGGUUAUUGAGGGUGAUGGGCUACCCGAUAAAAUAUGCCGCCCUUGCCAUUAUCAGUUGGACAAGUUCUACAACUUUCGAAAGAAAUGUGAAAACACUGACCUAAAACUGAGAUUGCAUCUGAGAGAUCUACCUGGCGAAUCGGAUGAUAUCAGGACUGGCAAUAAUAUAAGAAUAGAGAUUGAGGAGAUAGAAGAAGGUAACGUCCAGGAAGGACAAGCAGAUGAGGAUGAGCAGCUCAACACAGAACAAGAUCUAGUUGGUGUUACCAAAGUGGCGUUUAUCAAUCCGGAUACAGACCCGGAACCUGAUCCAGAGGAAAUAACCUUAUCAAUCGAUGAUGCAACAGGCAGGGACGCCUGCACACUUCAAUCUGGUGAUGAUCUCAAGACGGAAAUCGAAGAUACUGAGAUGACCGAUGAAGUAGGGGAAGUAGACCAAAGCAAUCAUAUGGAGGAGGCAAACAUGGAUGCAAUUGCAGAUGCUGUCAAGGCAACACUCGCUCAACAAACAGGCCUGAACCUGGGCGGUCAGCUUCAGAUGAAGGUCAACCACACCGACGGCAAGUCGACGCAAGUGGAGGUGACCACCGAGGACGGGUCCGUCAUCGUGAUGGAACUGAUGACGGAGGAGGAGGCGGAAGCGCUGAAACCGCCCAACAAGGAGAAGGCCGUCCAAGCGGAGGAGGAGGAGGAGGAGAUCCCCGUCUUCCGGUGCCCCGACUGCCCCAAGUCCUUCCCCAGGCGGAUCCAGCUCAGCCGGCACGCUUCCGUGCACAUGCAACAACGAGGUUUCACCUGCGGCAUAUGCGAAAAGUGGUUCCCCACUCGCUCGGCCCUCAUUCGCCACGAGAGGAUCCACACGGGAGAGCGGCCCUUCCAAUGCGAGGUGUGCCAGAAGAGUUUCGCCCAAAAGGAGAUCCUCUUCAGGCACCUGAUGACGCACACCGGCCACAAGCCCUUCAACUGCCCCCAGUGCGACAGGGGCUUCACGCAGAAGGAGCCGCUGAAGAACCACAUGCGGUCGCAUCUGAACUCGGGACCAGAAGACAUCCAGUUGCACUAUUGUUCGUUGUGUCCGAAGGUGUUUUGCCACGCUUCGGGGCUCAGCAGGCAUCUGGUGACGCAUACAGGGAAGACUUUCCGGUGUAGGGACUGCGAUAAGUCGUUUACUGAUAAGAGUUCGUUGAGGAGGCACCAUGUACAGACGAAUCAUCAGGCGUAGCCUGAGGAAAGGUUGAUGAGCUAUAUAUUUUCACGAAAAACAAAAUAUUUGAAUAAACAUUUUAUUUAUUUCAUUAUUAGUUUGAAUAAUCAACAUUGCGAAAAUAAAUAAGUACUUGACUUU